AUGGAAUCUGUGAGCACUUGGUUUAUUGCACUGAGCGUAAUACUAAGUUUGAACAUUUUGCUUUCUGAGAGUGCUCAUCUUAAAAUUGGUGUUCCAGAAAACUAUGAUGGUAUUUUCCCAUGGUACCUCACCAAGUUGCCAGAUCUCCCACUGACCUAUUCUGAUCUGACAGUAAAUGGUGAUGAUGAAGGGAUUUUUGGUGUGGAGUCCGGUUUCCUGUAUGCUCUUAAACCUCUAGACCGAGAGAAACAGCCGUCUUACUCCUUACAGGUGUCCUUCACAAAGUCCAUGAACACUCAGAGCUUCACCGUGGAGGUGUGCGUCAUCGAUAAGAACGACAACGUGCCGGUGUUCCUGGAAGAGAGCAUGAGAGGCAGCGUGCAGCUGGGCCUUCUCAAAGGUAUCCCGUUCAUGCAGGUGGAAGCGCUGGACCGAGACGACCGAAACACUGCCCACGCAGACCUGCGCUUCAGUCUUCUGGACCAGAUACCACGCAUCCCUGCCAGCCACAUGUUCUCAAUCGACUCCAUCACUGGAGAAGUGUCCCUCACAGAAGAUGGUGCUUCAACACUGGAUCCAGAGAUGUGUGGCCGCUACAAGCUCUCUGUGAUGGUGCAGGACAUGGCAGGCAAGGCCAAUGCUUUCUUCUCCACUGGAACUGUGCUGGUGGAAGUGACUGGGAACGCAUGGGCCUCUCCAGACCCUGUGAGACUGCAGGAGAAUCUGCCUGGACCGUAUCCCAUCCCAAUCUCACAGGUGAAGUGGAGCGGGAGUCCAGUUGAGUACAGUCUUGAGGGAGAGUUUCCAGAAAUGCUCUUCACUAUCAAUAGAGAAGGGAUCAUUUACCUGAAUGCUCCUCUGGACAGAGAAACACAAGACCAGUUUCACAUUGACAUAGUGGUGGAGAGGCCAGAUGGCAGAGAGAUUGCUAAGCCUGUGGAGCUGAGAGUGAUGGUGGGCGACGCCAAUGACAACAGACCCACUUUCCCACAGAUGCAGUACCACACUGUGGUCAAAGAGCUGGCGACUAAAGGUACAGAGAUUCUGACUGUCCAAGCUGCCGAUAAUGACGACCCGAAAACAGACAAUGUUCGCAUAUUUUAUCGUCUGGUUGGCCAGAUGCCCGAGACUCCCAGAAACUUGUUCCGUGUGGACCGGGACUCGGGAGUGAUCACAGUGCAGGCGGACAGCAUGGAGGGAACCGCUCCACAGUACACACUCACCAUCACGGCAGAGGACGCUAAAGGGUUGAACAGCUCCUGCACUGUCAUCGUUAAAGUUUUGGAUGAAAACAACAACCCACCAAUUUUCUCCCAUCUUGAGUAUGGCCCAUUCCACCUGGCUGAGGACUCGUCAGUGGGCACCACAGUGACUGUUGUGUCUGCAUGGGAUGCGGAUGAGUGGGGUGGAGACAGCUGGCAGGUGGACUACAGGCUUGAGUCUGGGAAUGAGGAGGAGGUUUUUACCCUAGUGAAUGACAGGCAGACUAAUGAAGCGGCUCUCAUCCUUGAUAAGGUGCUGGACUUUGAGCGUGAGAAUGAGUAUAUACUUGUGCUGAGCGCUCAGAACCCUGUCGCUCUGGUGCGGGGCAGAUACGGUCCUGCAUCUACAGCCACUGUAACCAUUUUCAUUGAUGACAUCAAUGAAGGUCCUGUUUUGUCUCAAAGCCACUAUGAGGUCACUGUCAGAGAAGGGGAGGAGCCAGGACGGGUUAUUGCCACUAUCAGAGGCUAUGACCCUGACUCUCAUCCAAUCAGGUAUUCGCUGAGAGGAGACACAAAGAGGUAUUUCUCCAUCGGGAAAUAUUCAGGAGAGCUCAAGACAGUCCAGGCUUUGGACAGAGAGGAGAACCACACCUAUACCAUGGAGGUGGUGGCAGAAGAUGGCCGUAACUCUUCCCUGUCAGCCUCCACACUGGUGACUGUACACAUUCUGGAUGUAAAUGACAACAGCCCAGUACUGGUGGGCGAUUAUUCCUGGAAGUACCUGUGCACACCUCGCUGGGAGGACCAGGCUCUGGUUCUGGCAUCUCGGGACAGCGAUGGCCCUCAGCAUGGAGGAAGGCUCAACUUUUCGCUUCGCAGUGACGCCACUGUCCGCCGCACAUGGAAACUCACCCCCAUCAAUGACACCCACACCAACCUGUCUUUGAAUGUGCCAUAUCUGCCUCCAGAGGUUUACAUCGUACCUUUUACCAUCUCAGACAGCAGCUCUCCUCCUAGAAGCACAUUCAUCAAUCUGCCAGUGACGGUUUGCCCAUGCAACGUGAGGGGGAACUGCAGAACAGCACCAAAACAGCUGGAGGGCAUGCCCACCAUUCAGUCAACAGUGGGCAUCCUGCUAGGAACGCUGGGAGUUAUAGGCGUUAUACUGAUUGUUAUAUUCGUGAGACUCUCCUACCAGAAUGCGACACCACCAAACAAAGACUGCCAGGAACGGGUGCCGCUCAAUGUGUCUCUGUAGUUAUGGAGGUCUUUGGAGACUACUGGGUCAUUUUUUUCAUUGAAUCAAUUGAUGUUUUUUUUCUGCUUAAAUUUCAGUUUGAGUACUGUUGACAUGUUAGGUAGUAGUAGACAUAUAUGUAU